CGGCAAGGGAAAAGAUUUGGCGCGUGCUGACCAAUGGCGUCGCGAGGCACAGAGUUUUAGGGGAGUGCAUAAUAAUCAACAUAUUAGCCAAGGUGCUUUUUAUAUAUCGAUCCUCUUUUGCGCGCUAGUUGUAAUUAUCCCACGGUGUGGACUUUUCAAGCGUUGACCUUUAAGCUUAGCGUCGUUCUUUGGUGCUUUUCCGUUCACGAGCAACAUGCCGAAAAGGAAGUCUCCUGAAAACCUCGAGCGCAAGGACAGCUCCAAGGUCACCAAACAAGAGCCCACCAGGAAGUCCGAGAGGUUAUUAGCGAAGCCUCCUCUGCCAAAGCCUGAGUCCAAAGCCAAGAAGGUCGUCAUCAAGAAGGCAGCAGAUGAAAAGGGGGCGAAGACACGGAAGGGCACCGCCAAAGGCAAGAAGGAAGAUGGCCCUGCCCAGAACGGAGACGCCAAGGCUAACGAGAUCCUUGUGUGUCGUCCAUCUGUUAGUGUGUCAUCCAUCAGAAACUCAGCUCCCUCUACCGUGUCAGUGCGAGGGCAGACCGAGACAGUCAGAGUGAAGGGCAACUGAGGCUGUUGAAGAAGGCCCCGAGGAGAAAGCGUGAAAACAACAGGCGCCAUUUCUUUCCCCUUUUUUUCCUAUAGACACAUUUUUUUGUAACACGCUGAAUUUUUGUAGACUUGUGAUAAAUGCUAGAGAUAAACAACCAGCGUUUCCUGAAAUCCACAUUUUAUGUCCACAUUACUUAACUUCCAACACUACCUUUACAACUCUUUUUUUAAAAAAUUAUGAUUGGACGGCUGCUUAUGUUCUUUAUCCUGAUCUCUCCUUCUUUAAUCAUAUUUCAGUAGUGGUAAGAGUAUUUUUUAGAGAAAGUGGCGGUCACCUUUGAGAACACCUGCAGCAUUUUUACAGCUCUUCCUUUACAGAAUGGCCCAUUGCUCCUUUUUAUAUGUGUGUGCUAGGCUGGACGCGAUGCUGGGUCUGUUGUGUUUGACUUCCCAACCUUUUUCUCUCUCCUAUAGUCAACCCCCAACCCCACACCACCCUCUCCCUAAUUCCCUGGUCCUGCAGCAGAGUGACAAAGCAAUAAGCAGUAGUGCGGUGCUCAAUUGGCUUCAUUCUGUUGGGAGAGUAUUUUCAAAUUAAAAAAAAGAA